UCGACAUAAAAAUCCAAUAUAGUUCAUCGUUUAAGAACGAACUGCAAUCAGUAGGAAAAACAGUGACUAAAGGAACUUCUUUUAUGUGAAAUGAAUAAUUUAAAUUGGAAUACAAUUACACAGAUUUAAAUGGAGACGAAAAUAAGGAAUUACACCAUCAUUACUAAGUGAAAUGUGAAAUGUAAAUUUCAUAGGACCAGAUGGCUUAAGAUGUCGAUUUGGAUUACUUUGUCAAUACAUUACAUCAAAACUGUAAAUUCGAAUGAGCGUUUGGUACUGUCUAUGGGACUAAGCUUUAUUGCACUGGUCUUGCUUGCAAAUUUCACAAAAGGCCAGAGCAACAAUUUGAAUGACAAGUUUAUAUUUCCUAUGUACUCAGAUGGCAGUGAAGAUUGUGAUAUGGUAAUUGAAUUCAACAUGAUGUCUUUCUCGAGAACAGCUUUAUACGCUACCAUGACAACUAAUUACAACGAAUCCUACGAUAAUAUCUUAGACAAAACACCAUUUGUUAUGCCUUUGAAACAGUAUCUAGGUUUCAAUGCUUCAAAAGUUUUUACAUGGAAUGUCAAUGACACAGUAUCGGCAAAGAUUCGGUGCGAGUACGGUGAUGUACUACAUCUACUUGAUUCAAAUUCGUUAGGAAGGAAUUAUAUAGUUUACAGUGACAAAGAUUAUUUUGUGACAGUUUAUGGUACUGAGGCUAAUACUAGCGUGACUAUCAGUAGCAUAAAUAACACAGUGAUUGAAGCUCAUAGACUUGAUGUCGGAAAUACUAUAACUUUUGAUCCAAAUUCGUCCGAUGUUUAUCAGAUAAAUGCAUCGGGCAGAAUCGGAAUUAUUUAUAGUAACGUAGAUAUAACCAGAAACAUUGUCUGUGAUCAAAAUGACGAUAUUGUUUGGGAAAUGAUUCCUCCUAUGGAGAAGAAUGGAAAGGAAUUUAUGAUGCAUAUACCUAAUGUAGAAAGUGCCUUCUUGGAAGUUUUAGGGUAUGAAGAUGGCCUAUUAAAGCUGCAUUUGCCGGAUGGACUGAAGACAAUUAACUUAAAAGCUUUUGAACGUAAAAUGAUAAAUGUUUCUCAUGCACGUGACGUUCACAUGACUUCUUCGACACAUGUGUCAGUUUUCAGCACUUUGAACCUAACAACAGACACGAAUCGUACAGCAACGAAUAUCUUAAGUGUUUUCCCAGCAGAACAAUUUAAUAAUUGUCUAUAUGUGACGAUUUUCAAUUGCACCAACAACGUUUGUGGUUACCUUGUAACCGAAAAUGGCAUCCACAGUAUCAGUCUAUAUAAUAUGGAAGGGAAAACCGUUCAAACAUUCAAUACAUCAGAUGUAGAUCAAAAUAAAACGACUGCCAGUUUUGAAAUCAGUGUUAUUUCGGAUGGCAUCUAUUUCUUACUAUCAGAAAAUAGUUCUGUACACAUUAUUUUUUACUAUGUGAAUUUGAGCCAUGGUAGAUAUUACCAGUCAACAAGUUUAGACAAGACAAAUUGCGACAUAUUCGUUUUUUCGCAAACACCUAAUUUUAACGAGGAAACUAGCGUUUCGACAAACACCUUAGUUGAGAAAACUUCUGUGCCAAAUGACAAUUUAUCUUCAACACAUUCUAUAAACAACGUUUCUGGUGCUUAUAUUGAAAACGUAACCGUUUCUUAUUCCACGAUUAUACAGUCACAAAAUAACACACUGAUAAACCAAUCUGCUCAAUCUGUGCCAAAACUUGGAUCAUUGUCCUAUUUAACGUCAAACACUUCAACUCAAAACGAGACUACUGCAGUUCAACAAAUUAACAACCGUUUGAUAUUCCCGUUUAUGUACGAGGAGAUACCGGACGAUGAUAGUGUUCUAAACACAUAUUUAAUAGCUGUGAUAGUAUCCUUAUGCACAGCCAUAUUUGCAGUCAUUGCUGUUAUAUCAACGUUUUUGUUGCUAGAAAUCUUACGUAGGCGACGGCAGAUACGCAACACUAAAAUAAGACCGUUUGUAUCAUAAAACUAUUAUUGCAGUAAAUUGACACAAAAUACUUCUUCCAUAAGCUCGCCAACCAGAUAACGUGACAUUUAGCAUGAAAGAAGAACUUUAUGUUUCAGUACUAUUAAAUUAUUUGUUCGACUUUUUGGUUUUGUCAACAAUAACAAAAUUCCUUUCUUACAUGACAGUUUUUCCCAUUCGUUUGAUGUGUUUGAGCUUUUGAUUUUGCCAUUUGAUAAGGAACAUUUAGUUUUGAAUUUUUCUUGGAGUUCGGUAUUUUUGUUAGUUUACUUUUUUUAUGUUUGCACCAUCAUUUUUUCUAGUGUUUUUAUAUCCGUGUUAUCCCUAAUUAUUAUGUAGACAUACCUAUUUUCUAAAUAAUCUGAAAUUACUUUUUUGCUAUAAAUACAUGAUUUAUUACAGUUGUUUGUCAUUGUGAAAAUAAAAGGUGCAGAGAAACAAUAUAUCGCAAAAACAUUUAAAUGUUCGGUGCAGAUGAAUUAAAGCAUUUCAAUUGAAAUCAAAAUAAAACUACGACAAUGAAUGACAAAUCGUUGUUUAGAAGGGAACCUCAAACAUUUUAGAGGUUUAAGUAAGAAUCUGCCGUGUAAACCUGUAGAAUUGUUUUUAUUUUUGAACGGUGAUGUAAAUAAGAAAUAUCUCUACACUCGAAUUGGUAUUUCUGUUUUAUUCAGUAUCGUUCAUACGAGUUACUUAGUAUCUUGGAUUGAGAAAUGUUGCUUUUCGAUUGCAAUAAUAAAUAUUCAGAAUAAACAUGCCUUACGAAAUUGAAAAGACAUUGGCAACUGUUUCAGUGAUGACUCAUUUGAAAAAAGGUACCGUUUUGCCUACGGAUUAGGGUUUUCAAGAGGAGUCAGUUUUAUUUUUUCAGUAAAACAAAGGAAGCCGAGGUAACGCAAUAACCUUUGAUAUGUAAAUGACAAAUUUAUAGCAUAUAGAUAGUAUGAAUAAAGACGUCAUGAUAA